AUGCCAUUACAACCAUCAGUAGCAGUCAGCUGUUGUUCGUCGCAUGUUUUCCUUUCUUUCUUUCUUUCUUUCUUUCUUAAGUGCACUUUCUUUCUUUCUUUCUUUCUUUUUUUUUUCCAUUUUAUGUUCUUCGUUUCUAUAGCUCUUUUAUUUCUUUGUUUUUUCUAUCAUUUAUUUGUGCUUUCUUUUUUAACACUUCUUUCUUUCUUUCUUUCUUUCUUUCUUCGCCUUAGAAUCGUUAUUUCUUUCACUCUUAAUUUCUCUCUUCCAUUCCCAGUCGUUUUAUUUACCUACCUCCAUUCUAUCUAUCUAUCUAUCUAUCUAUCUAUCUAUCUAUCCUCCUCCACUACCUCCAACGCCCCCACCCCGCUUCUCUCUCUCAUUCUUAUUUCUUUUUUUCCUUCUUUCUUUCUUUCUUUCUUUUCUUUCUUUAACCCUCUCUCUCUCCUUUUUUAUUUCUUUCUUUUUGUCUUGGUCUUCUUUCUAUCUUUCUAUGCACAUUCUUCUUUCAUCCACCCUCCGUUCCCACCUUUGUUUCCUUCUUUCUUUUUUUUUGUUUGUUACCUCUCCUUCCUUCCUUCCUUUUUGUCUUUUCUUUUUCUUUCUUUCUUUCUUUCUUUGCUCCCCCUCCUUCCUUCUUUCCUUGCUUCAUUCUUUUUCUUUGCCAUCUUUCUUUCUUUCUUUCUUUCUUUCUUUCUUUAA